AUGUGGAAUUUGGGAAUUUCAACGUUCUACAUCGGCUAUCUUGUUGGACAACUGCCAGGCAAUCUGUGGUUGGCUAAGGCGAACCCGAGAUGGUUUCUCCCCUCUACGAUGAUCGCAUGGGGCGCGGCAACGAUUUGCACACCUGCUUUGAAAAGUCGUAUGGCCAUAUGGCACGCCGGGAAUACCAUCUCUAACAUCAUCUCUGGCUUUCUCGCUGCUGGUAUCUUGACUACAAUGGGCGGCGUCUCUGGGCUGUACUCCUGGCAAUGGUUCUUCCUGAUCGAGGGCAUCGCUACCUUCUUGGUUGCUUUCGCUGCUUUCGCUCUUCUUCCAGACUGGCCUCACAACACAAGAUUCCUCACUCCGGCGGAAAAAGAGAUGGCGCAGUAUCGCAUCCUAUGCUCUAACGGUGGAGUUGAAGAGGUUGCAGGCGGAACAUGGGACGGUCUCAGAGAUGCCGUCAAGGAUCCCUUCACCUGGAUCUUCUGUCUAAUGCACUUUGCGCUCGUUACGGCCCAAGCUUUCAAAGAUUUCCUGCCUUCGAUUGUGAACACCUUCGACUUCGGCGAGCUUACGACGUACCUCAUCCAGGCACCUCCGUACGCAUUUGCCUUCGCAUUUGCCUGUGUUGUUGCUUGGUCUUCCGGUCGCCACCAAGAGUCUUUUUGGCACAUUGUCUUGCCUAUUGUUGGUAGUGCCAUCGGCUGUGCAGUGCUGAUCUCAACGACGAAUGUUGGGGCUCGAUACUUCGGCCUCUUCUUGCUUAUCUCUGGCACAUAUAACGGCCUGAACCUACAACUCUCAUGGGAAACAACCGUAGUCCCCGCCCCUCGGAGUAAAAAGGCCGCACUGAUCGCAAUUGCCAACUGUAUCAGCCAGACCAGCCAUUGGUUCAGUCCCUACUUUUGGCCGCGUUCGCACGAGCCUUUCUAUAGACUUGGUGGAGGCCUGGUCCUGGUCGGCUGUCUCUUGGUUAUCGCAGCGGCUGGGCUUGCUAAAUGGCGUGCGAUCCGACUGAACAAGAAGUUGGACGAGGCGGAGGGGUAUUCUGAGAAUUCAGGUGCCGAGAGGGGCUGGAGAUAUGCGCACUGA